UCCUCUAUAAAUCUUUACGCUUCUCUCUUGUUACAAUUAUUUUAUGUCCAUUUUGAGACGAAAAACAGUUUGGAGUGGUCAUUUUCUUCAACCUAAGACAGAGCCAUCCUACAUUAAAUAUAUUUUUACUUCUUUUCGAACCCUUCUAACCUUUGCCUUCCUCUUGAGCUCUUUGCAUUUAAAUCAGCUAACCGUUUCCUUCAUAUACUGACAUACACUCUUCCUUCUCCAAGUGCAUCAGAAGUAAAAGAACAUGGGAGUUGAAGGCACCUUGGAAUACAUCUCUGAUUUGCUUAGCAGCGUGAAGAAGAAAAAGAAGAAGCACACACAGACUGUAGCUCUCAAAAUCAGGAUGGAUUGUGAAGGCUGUGCCCGCAAGGUCAAGAAAGUUCUCUCCGGAGUGAAAGGGGCUAAGUCUGUGGACGUGGACUUGAAGCAACAAAAGGCAACGGUGACGGGUUACGUAGAGGCAAAGAAGGUGUUGGCGGCGGCGCAGUCGACGAAGAAGAAGGUGGAGUUGUGGCCUUAUGUGCCGUACACGCUGGUGGCAAACCCUUACGUGGCUCAAGCUUAUGACAAGAAGGCGCCUCUCAAUCAUGUCAGGGCGGUUCCUGUCACUGCCAACAUCACUGAGACCACCAUGGAUGAUGGUUACACCAACAUGUUUAGUGAUGAAAACCCUAAUGCUUGCUCCAUCAUGUAAAUCAUUUUAAUAAUAAUAUUAAGGGGAUUUAAAAGUUUUAGUUCAUUUGCAA